GAAACCCGCUUAAAAUCACAGGUGUAGAUUUGGACAUCAUGCCUAAAUUCCGUGAACUGGAAGCUGAGUCUCCUCAUCAUCCUCAUCAACAUCAUCCUCAUCAUCCUCAUCCUCAUCCUCUGCUGGCCAACAGAUACGUCAUUCAGCAGAGACUCGGCAGGGGAAGUUUCGGCACUGUGUAUCUCAUUGAAGACACAAAAACAACAACCAGAGACAAACUUAAAGUUCUGAAGGAGAUCCCGGUUGGGGAUUUGAAGCCAGAUGAGACGGUGAAGGCCACACAGGAAGCUCAGCUCCUCUCUCAGCUCCAUCAUCCAGCCAUCCUCCGAUUCUACACCAGCUUCCUGGAGAGAGACGCUUUCUGCAUCAUCACAGAGUUCUGCGAGGAUGGGGAUUUGGAGUGUAAGCUGGAGCGGUUGCGAGUCUCAGGAGAAGCUCUGUCUGAGUCUCAGGUCAGGGAGUGGCUGGUUCAGCUGCUGCUGGGGGUCGACUACAUGCAUGAGAGACGGAUUCUACACCGAGACCUGAAAUCUAAGAACGUGUUCCUGAAGAAGAACGUCGUGAAGAUCGGUGAUUUCGGCGUGUCGUGCCUGCUGAUGGGGUCAUGUGACGUCGCCACUACGUUCACAGGAACGCCGUACUAUAUGAGUCCCGAGGCUCUCGGUCACCAAGGUUACGACUCCAAAUCAGACAUGUGGUCUUUAGGCUGUAUCCUGUACGAGAUGUGCUGUUUGAAACAUGCCUUUGAGGGACAGAACUUCCUGUCCGUGGUGAAGAAGAUCAUGGAAAGUUCGACGCCGUCGCUGCCAGAGAAAUACUCACCAGAGCUCAACUCCUUAAUGCAGAGGAUGUUGGAGAAAUCCCCGUUGCUGAGGGUUUCCGCAGCUGAAGCUUUGAGCAGUAGCGUUAUUAAGGAGCUCACUCAGAUUCUCACAGCACCUCUGAGAGCCACGUUUACAGAUUCAUCAGCUCUUUUCUCUCGUUUUGUCUCUCCGCAGCGUGUGAAGCAGCAGCUCUCGGAGGGGACGGCGGGGGACGACAGCGACGUGUCUCACAUCGCUAGCGUGCUGCAGACGAAAGUGCACCUGCAGACGCUGAGGGACAGGUCAGAGGUCGAGAAGAUGAGUCCUCGAGAGCGGAUGAGGCUGAGGAAGCAGCAGGCCGCUGACGACAGAGCCAGGAAGCUGAAACAUAUAGUGGAGGAGAAAUAUAACGAAAAUCAGCGGCGCAUGAUGGAGCUUCGGUCCAAAAACUUCCAAAGAGUCAGCAUCAAUGUUCUCACUGAGAACGCUGAGGACACAGAAAGGCAAAUCCAGCCAAUCAGACGACAGAAUGGUCCACCCAGCAGCCAUCCUGGACCAAUAGGAGAGCAGCUCACUGAACACGACAUCCCUGAGGACCCUCAGGCUGCAGACGUGUAUUAUUCCGAAGAUGGAUUCGAGUCGUGUUCGGAUGAAGAUGAUUUCUGCUCUGAUGUUCUCACACAGGUGAGGAAGAGAAACAGGAAGUGAUGACAGCGAUCUGGAGGCCAUGGUGCGACGCAUGGAGGACGUGCUGGAGGUGACAUCUGAGGGUUAGCGAUGCGUUCCCACAAGGCCAAGCAGGUGAAGCUGACGGAGGUGUGUAUGAGGCGUUCAGCAUCAACAGCACCAUGGAUUAAAUCAAACCAAGAAGAUGAGGAAGAUUUAUUCCGUCUAAAUGCUCUCACGAUUUAUUCUCCAAUCCCGGAUGUAAUUUCACUUCUGAUGGCUCGGAACGAUCCGCACGCACACGCCGGCUUUACCUCGUCACUGACAUCAGAUUUCUGCUUUACAUCUUCACUUCUCACUCAGUCUCAGUGAUGUGAGCGUCGUGUGUGCAGGAAAAUCACAUCUAUUAAACGCUGCAGUCGGCGCGGCGGUUAGAGAGGAUCCGUCGGCCGCGGCGUGACGCCGUGCGGCCGAGCUCUCGCGUCCGUCGUAAAAUCUACGAUAAAAUGAAGCUGAUUGAAAAAAAUCAAUCCAAUUACUCCGAGACCUCCGGUCCUGUCAGAACGCUCCGGCUUGCCGAGCUAAUGCGAAAGUUUGGCUUUGCGAUGCGAUCCUCUGAGGAAACUUCUAACUUUCUGCUUUUUAUGUUUUCUCUCUCAAAUCUAGCUACAUUUAUACUUAGAGAAACGUAAAGGAAAUAAAUAUAGUGGAGAAUAAAGCGGGCUUUAAUUUCCCACUUGGGCUUUUCCGAGUCGGACGUUUUCACACGUUUAUUCCGAACGUUUUUCACUACAAUGGCGAGAUGUGGACGUUUACAGCCGGGCGCUCGUAUUUAUUGGCCUUUGUGGGUCACUUAGAACAUUUUGCUAACGAGUUAAAGAAGAGUUUACUUUAUAAUCCGCAUCAUGUGACG